AUGUUCGACUUUCGGAAGGCGGUGAAGUUCUCCUCAGGCGUUUCUCUUUCGUUCGCGUCUCUGCAUAGGAAAGCCAGUAAGUAUCCUCAAGACAAGUGUUCGCUGUCCUCGGCGUCGUCGUCGCCGUUUGCUGCAGCGAGGCCUGCUUUCCUCAACAUUCGCACAGUACGUAUUCAAGGUGCGCUCGUCCUCUGUCGUGAACCGAAUGUUCAUGCGAAAGCUGAAGUUGAAAAAACUUUUCAGGGAUUCCGCUUCGUAACCCAGAAAAAACCAGGAAUUAACGAGAAUUUCUCAGCUCACGAAUUCGCUUUCGACAACACGACCAUAACGCGUCCAUCAAGACUCAAGUUUUCGCCAUCGACUCGACUCGUAUCUCACGAAACGAACAGAACGAAACGAACAUCAUCAAGUUUAUUGCAUUGA